AUGUGCGGAACCAACGCUGAUCUGCAAAAUAAAGGUGGUGGGCGUGUGAACCAGCUGGGAGGCAUGUUUCUGAACGGAAGACCUCUCCCUGAAUCCAAGAGGAGGAAAAUGAUCGAGCUGGCCUCAGAGGGAGUCCGUCCCAGUCAAAUAUCCAGGAUACUUCGGGUGUCCAACGGGUGCGUGAGUAAGAUCCUGAGCCGGUACCGACGCACGGGACUCCUGGAGCCCAAGACCACCGGAGGGAGCCGACCUCGACUCCUCACCCCCGGCGUCAUCUCCACCAUCAUCCAGUGCAAGAGGGAGAACCCGACUAUUUUCGCCUGGGAGAUCCGGAAGCGCAUGGCUGCGGCGCGACUCUGCAAAGUCUCCAAGAUACCCAGCGUGUCUUCCAUAAAUCGGAUUUUAAGAAAGAUCCACCUGGAGCACGGACCCAUGUGCAUGGAGCUCAGUGCGCACAUGGAGCCGGAUUUUGAUCAUUUGAUACAAGAUGAGCUAAAUCACAGAGACACAGUCUGCAGCGAUGAGCACAAACCUAAAGGUGUCCAGCAGCGGAACCGCACCACCUUCACCCCAGAGCAGAGCAGAGCCCUUGAGCAAGAGUUUUCUCACAGCCAGUAUGCAGACAUGUACCUGAGGGAGAAACUGUCGGCCAGAAUCAAACUUCCUGAGGAAACCAUCAAGGUCUGGUUUUCAAACAGACGGGCCAAGUGGAGGAGGGAAACCAAACAGAGGAGCGGCACACAGAACGUUCAAAAGCAAAGGGAUUUUCCUCCUGUGAAUCCAGCGCUGCCGCAUGGCUUCACAUCUCAGCAGGUACAGAUGGAAGUAACAGUUUGUGAGGGAAACUUUAAAGCCCCUCAGCUUCUUCUCUCUGAGCGACGGGGUCUUUAA